CAUACACAUAAAGCUUUCAGUCCUUUCUGUGCUGAACACAAGACGAGUGCGCAAUAAUGGAGGUCUCUAUCAGAGGCAUUGUUAAAUAUCUUAUGUGUAUUGUGUUCAUUGCAAAUCGGUGUGCAGCAGAUUUUGCAGAUUUUAGUGACAUACUCGAUAUAGAUUCAACGAUAUUGGAGUCCAAGCGAAUUGCGAGGGAACCUCCAAAAUACGAAGGAAACUCGUGGAUAUGGCAGGAUUACGAGUUCGGUAGUGGAGUAGGAAAUCGCGAAGAACUACAUGUCACAAAUAUAGAAAUAUGGCAAGAUUUCGAACUAGCUGAUGAUGUUCAAAAUUGGCAAGUUUUGAAACAUGAAAAUAACAUUUAUUUUGGCGGAACUAAAAGAGGAAGUUUGCUAUUGUAUCAUUUUGAUGUUAAAGCAAAGCACAUUUCACUUCACGCUAAUAUAUCUACAAAUGAAACAAUAAAAGCAUUUAAGAUUAUAAGUUUAUCGCAGAAAGUUGAUGAAUCUUUAGAGAGUAACGUGAUCGUCGUUCUAUCCGUAGAAAACAAAAAUCAGGUAUAUUAUUUAGAAUGGUUUUAUCUUCACGAUAAUCGUUUUUUUCAAUUUUGGACUUGGAAAAUAGAAAAAUCAAUAAAAAUUUUGGAAUAUUUCUACAUUAACGGCCGAGAUAAGUUAUUGCUGCUCUAUGAAAAUGAUGUAUUGUUCAACGAACGGUUUUCAGCAGUUGAAAUAUAUGACAUUAAAAUCAACAGGCACCUAUCUAAAUUUCAAUUGUGUGAUCGAUUUUUGGUAACAGACACUUUUGAUCUUCAACUAUGCCCUCCAAAGGAAGACUCAGUAAUGAUUUCUUUAUUAGGCAAGAAUCAUGUCAAACUCUAUGAAUAUAAAGAUCAGAAUAUAAUAAAGUGUACAUUCAAAGAGAUUAAAAGUAUUACUUUGAGUGGAUUAACCAAUGCAGUUUGUUUCCAAAGUGGUUAUAUAAACUAUUUGGCUACAUCUGGCUUGACAUCAAAUUUUUUUAAUUUAUUAAAGAAAAACAAUUUUCAUAAUGACGAAGAAAUGGAAGAUAUUUUCCAUGGAAUCGGAGAUAUAAAAUCGAUUCAAUAUUUACCUGUAAAUACUUACAGAAAUGAAGUUCUCUUACUCAUUCAAUUAAAAAAUUCAACAACUGUAGCAUUAAGUUGGAAUGGAUCGAACUUUAAACGAAUUGCUGUGACUGAUAAGAAACUAAACAAAUUUGAUUUAUCUAGAUUAACCGCUAUACCUAAUUAUGGCUUCUUGAUCGGCAAUUCUCUAAUAAAAAUUGAUGUACAAUUGAAACAAUUAUCGAAAUCUAAUAAAAAUAUAAUGAAAAAUAUGUUGGAAACUAAGACUGUACUUCAGGGUCUUCUAGAUAAUCAAGAACAAAUCAUAGUUAAAACUGAUCGACUAAUAAAACAAAGUACUAUGACCGAUUCGGAAUUAAACAAUUUCAUAAAUUCUUCGUAUAUCGAAAUUAAUGAGCUUCAUGCUAACAAAACUGACGAUUCGCUGAUAACUUUUGGAUCACAUAAUAUAAGCCUCAAUGAAAUGCAGCACAAUUAUGAAGAUGCAAUGAUGCGAAUUAAUAGAAUUGAGAUGCAAUUCAACAAAAUAGAGGACAUUAUGAUUAUAGCAGCCCUUAAUUUACAAAAAAAUAGAGAUUAUCAUGAAGUUAACUUUGAAGGAAAUCUUAGAAUAAAGGGAAAACUUGUAGUGAAUAAUUUUACGAUUGAAGGUUUGAAUAAUAGUUCGUUAAAGUCUUUACUUAAUCAAUGUGCAAAGAAUAAUUUAAAAAUUAUGGGACAGAAGCGGUUUCCAUCUAUUGAAUUCGCGAACAAUAACUUUAAAUUGAGAUAUUUAAAUGGGAUUCCUUUGAGUAACAUACAAUUCGACGAAUUGAAUAAAGAUUAUAGUGAUAUUGAUUUGUCAAACGUUUCAAAAUUAGCAUUAAUAAAAAAUUUAAACGUAUCAGUAAUUCGGGGUACACACUGGAAUAAUUUAACAGAAAAAGUAGUUUUUAGAAAUGCAAAAAAAGUUAUACCAGAAUCUACUAUAUUGAUAGGACAAAUGGAUGUUGGCCAUAUUCGCUUGGACUAUUUAAAUGAAUUAAAGUAUCCAUAUAAUUAUGUAUUAAAAAGUGAUCCAGAGGAAGCUGAUAUUACCAGUGAUAAAACCUUUCAGUCUAUUAGAGUUACCAAUUUGCAAGAUGUAAAAACUAUUAAUGGGAUUGAUGCUGAUGAGUUUAUAAUUCUUCAUGCCGAUCAGAGUUUGAAAAAUCAAAUUACAUUUGAAAAUGUAGUAAUUGACAAAAGACUUCAGUUCGAUGGAAGUAUUGUAGGAAUACCAGAGCAAGACAUUGAUCCAGAUAUGACAUUGCUCAAUAGCAACAUUGUUCAAUCGAAUGCAAUGUUUACGAAUUUAUACAUUUCCGGAAAUGUAUAUGUUAAAAAUUCUAUUAAUGGUACAGGUUGGUUAAAAUUAAACGAUUUGAUACUAGACGGUGAAGAUGAUGUUUUGAUUACGGGAACAAAAACCUUUUUAGAAAAUGUUCAUAUAGUCGGUAAUCUUGAAAUUAAAACUGGUAUCAUAAAUAAUCAUAGUGUUCGAGACUUCAUGACUUUAGAUACGCGACAAAUACUGCGUAAUUUGUCAUCAAUUUCAGGGAACGUUAAAUUUAUUAACGUAGCCUACGAAGAAUUAAAAAAUCUAGAGGACAAAAUGAAUUCUAAUUUAAAUGAUAAACUUUUUUCUACGUGCAUAAGUAAACAUCUAAUCUUUAUAGUGCCACCAAUUAUUGAUGAAUUUUCUUCUUUGUACAUCAAUGAAAAUCUUAAUGGGUCAGAGUUUUCAAAUAAAAUUGAAUCGCUUCUAGAAAAUUCAUUUUUCGAACACCUUAAAGUAAAAAAGUUAGUUGUAGAAAAUAUUAAAACUGCUGUAGUAAAUAGCGCAAACUUCCGCAAUUUCGAAGCUCAUAAAAUAUCAAAAACUAGAUAUCAAAGUCUGUCUGGAAACAUUACUAUCGAAAAUCUGGUCGUUGAGAACCUUUAUACUGAAUUAGUUAAUGGCAGAUCAGCCAGUGAUUUAGAAAAUAUGAUACGCAGAAUUAAUUUAGUUUACAAUGAUAUUUUUAAUGGAAACAUGUCAAUACAUUCAGUCAAUGUAACUAAGUUUAUUGUCACUUCAAAGAUUAACGAAGAAGACCUAAAUGAUGUUCUUGACGUAAAUUUUAUUGAGCAAUUUAUAUUCAAAACCAAUCAGACUAUAAAAAAUCUAAUUGUAGAGGGUUUAGUUAAUAAAAUAAAUAUUACUAGAAAAGCAAAUGAUUUGGUCUUAUACACGCAAGAUGAUGUUAUCCUCAAGGGGCCAAAAAAGAUGAAAAAAUUAAAAAGCAGCAAUCUAACGGUAGACUUUGUGAAUGGCCAUUCAAUCAAAUAUGUGAUGAGUUCAAAAGAAAAUCAAUUUCUUGUUGGCCCGGUCAAGAUUACAGGUUCGGUAACUGUCGAAAAAGUAUUUGAAUCUAACAGUAAAUGUAAUGGCAUAGUCUUUCAAGACAUCAGUAAUACUGUUCAUCAAUUAGAUGAAAAGUUGUUUAAACUUAAUGGAGAAUUUAUUAUCGUUAAUGAAUCCCUAGUAAAAGAUUUAAAUGUGUAUGGUUACACCCAACAAAAAAGCAUGGAUAAUUUUGUAGAAAAUCUUAUUUUUCUCAACGAAAAUAUAAUUUCAGUUUCUGGAAAAAAAAUAUUCAGUUAUUCAGUUAAUUUUGUUACUGAAAUUUUUUUGAGAAAAAAUCUAAAUAAGAUAAAUCUUGAAAAAUUUUUCCAGACUACACUAUUAAACGAUAUUCCAAUAUUUUUGAAUUCAAGAAUUAUGUUUAAUAGUGAUAUUUUAGUUGGAGCAGAUAUAGUUAUUCAAAAUAAUUUACAAGCUACCGCAAUAAAAGGGAUAAAUAUUGAGGAAUUGAUGGAAAACGCAGUUUAUCUGAAUCGACCAACAUUUAUUCCUGAAGCUACGGGUUUAUUUAAUGUGAUAUUUCAAUCUGAUAUCACAGUUGAUACAUGGAACAAUACAGGAAUAAACAGUUUUCUUUUGUUAAAUAAAGAAGAAGUUAUAAGAAAUACUCUCAUGUGCGUAGACAUUACAGCUGACAAACUAGAAGUAGAUGGAUUCAUUAAUAGCAAAAAUUUGGCAGAAAUCUAUGAAAACACUUUAACGUUGUCAACAAACCAAAACAUUAUAGGUACUGUAACGUUUUUAAAUAAUAUUUACAUUAAGGAUAACUUUGAUGCGCAAUUAAUUAAUAAAAUAGAUAUGAACAAAAUAACAUCGUUAAAAUACGCCGAUCAAAUCAAUGGUAAUUUUGUGUUUCACAAUCGAAUCUUAUUUAAUAACAAAUUGCGUGUGUACGGAAAUUUAAAUGGCCAUAAUAUGCAAAACUGGCAAUCGUCAGUCGUUACAAUUUAUUCUCCAAGGACAGUAUUGAUCACGGGUAAUUGGAUGAUGCAGAAUCCUGUACUUGAAAAAAGUUUAUAUGGAUCAGGAUUAAUUAAUGGAAUGCAUAUAACCAAACUCAGAGAAAAUGUAGUAAACCAUACGAGUGAAAUGCAGUCUUAUGCUUUAAAGCAAACGGGAAAAUCGAGUACUAUUUGUCAAGAGUUGCAACGACUAAAAAGUAAAGCAGAAAAUAUGUUAUAUAAAUUCAAAUCUUUUGAAUACCUUAGAGUCUUAGAUUUUGACCAAACAAUUUCAAGUGUUCAUCAUUUUGAAUUACGAAAUACAGAUUAUAUGAUGGUUAAUUUUGAAUCAUGUAAUUUAGAUGUAUUUGCAUAUACAAACAAAGGAUUUGUAUUAGCUGCAAAUAUUUCAAAUUUUGGUUAUGUUAAACAAUUCAUUACUCUUCAUUAUAAAGAUCAUGUAUACUUUGUUACUUUUGGCAAAUCAGAUUGUGGAAGAAACUCAGGGAAUCUGUGGAGUCUUGAAAAUGAUCAAUUUAAAUAUGUUCUAGAUUUAGGGAACGUGACAGAUAUACAAAAGUUAGAUAACGAUGCUUUUGUUGUAGUCGUUAAUGACGAAGUUCAAGAGUAUUUGAUUGAAAAUAUUUACGAAAAUUCAUUCAAACCCGUAAAUGUAAUUCCUAUAAAAGCAAAGGACGUGCAAAUUUUUACUAACGCAAACGAGACAUUAUUAGCCAGUCAUGAUACAAUAUUUCGUUUACGUUCAGAGGUUCUAGAAUUUGAAGAGUACGAAAACCCUUUUGAUACAAACAAAAUAUUGCCUUUCCAAGCUGGCAUUUCUCAAAAAGAUUACAUACUUUUUUUCGAUGAACGGAUAAGUAAAGAUUAUAUAUAUCUCUGCAACAAUGAUCUAUCUCAACGCAAAGUUUUACAAACAAUUAAAACCUGCAAGCCAAACUCUUUUUUGGUCGUGAAUUUUCAUGGGUAUAAGGAAAGUCUCCUUAUCUAUUUAGAAAAUAAAAGAAAAAUAAAAAUUUACGAGUAUAAAGGAAUUGAAGAAUUCAAAUAUCACUCAAGUAUAAAAAUGAAGUCUGAUAAGCUAUUUAGCUUUCAACUAAAAACACAUCCAUACAACGUAAAAAGCCAAUGCUUGAUUGUUAUUCAAGAUUAUAAAUUAGUUAUUUUAAAAGCAGUAAUGUUUGGCGAAAAAUUAAGUAUGAAUGAAAAACUGCAGUGUAACGUUGCCUAAUAUAUCUAUGUUUUGUAAAUGUUAAAUAUUUACAUAUAUUUAUUGAUUACUGUUACUUGUUAAUUAUUGUUAUGCAUAUAAAAUAAAUAAAUUUAUUGAUACGAUCAUACAAUAA